UCAAAAACAAAAUUAAAUACUCCUUAAACUAGCACUCCCCCAAAACCAAGAUUCUUUACUUCAAUUCAUCUCCCUUUAAAGAGCCAGAUAUAUAUCAGUGAAGCAGAAGUCUUCUGAUAAAUAUAAAGUGAACCCUAUUUCUACACUAGAAAAAACCUAACCUACAAGAUUUGUUACCAAGAAUCCAGCCCAUCAACCUUUCCUCAUUCUUCAUUGAAAACCCACAUUCCCAACCUUCCCAAAAUCCAAUCUUUAAACCUCCAGCACAAACAAGCCAAACAUUUCAAGGUGAAGGAGCCUAAAAAAGAGAAAAGGAAAAGAAAAAAAGAGCAUGAUUUGAAACAUCAAGAUUCAGCCAAUGAGUCUCAUCCCACUUCUCCUCCUCAUUUUAGCCUCUCUUAGCCUCAUCCCUCCCUCCAAAUCUGCACCUGAUUUCACCAACAUAGUGUACAAGGGCUGUGCGAAGCAGUCUCUAUCAGAUCCAACAGGAGUGUAUGGUCAAGCACUCUCCUCCUUGUAUGGCACCCUUCUCUCACAAUCCUCAAAGUCCAAGUUCUACAAGACAUCCACUGGCAGUGGGCAGUCUUCAAUCUCUGGCCUUUUCCAAUGCAGGGGCGAUUUAUCAAAUGUUGACUGCUACAGCUGUGUGAGCAGGCUGCCCAUACUCAUAGACAAGCUCUGUGGCAAGCCUAUUGCAGCAAGAAUGCAGCUUUAUGGCUGCUACAUGCUCUAUGAGGUUGCAGGUUUUGCCCAGAUUUCUGGGAUGGAAAUGCUGUUUAAAAGCUGUAGUGGGACUAAUGUUGGUGGGGCUGGAUUUGAGGAGAAGAGGGAUACUGCUUUAAAUUCACUUGAGAAUGGGAUGAGUGGUGGAAAUGGUGGGUUUUUCACCACCAGUUAUCAGGAUGUUUAUGUGUUGGGGCAAUGUGAAGGUGAUGUGGGGGCUUCUGACUGUGUGGAGUGUGUGAAAAAUGCUGUCCAGAAAUCUCAGGUUGAGUGUGGGAGCUCCAUCUCUGGUCAAAUCUAUCUUCACAAGUGUUUCAUUAGCUAUAGCUUUUACCCUAAUGGGAUCCCCAAGAAAUCAUCUUCUGCUUCCUACUCAUCUCCAUCUUCAUCUUCAUCUUCAGGGGGAGAGCCUAAUACAGGAAAGACAGUGGCUAUCAUAGUAGGAGGGGCAGCAGGAGUGGGGUUUUUGGUCAUUUGCUUGCUCUUUGCAAGAGGUUUAUUGAAGAAAAAAGAUGAUUACUAAGGGCCUAAGGACUCUUUAAACACCGACAAGUAUUUCGAACGGGGAGCAGUUUUGUCUUUGAUACUACACAAACUAGAAAACCACUGCUGGUUUUUUCCUUCUGCUAAGGAAUGUGUGUUAAGUUUGAAAUCAAACUUAACUGUUGUUGUAUCUACAUUGUAGAUUUCAUUAGUCUAAGUCGGUUUUUUAGCUUGUGUAGAUUUGUUGAUUUCAUUUUGUGGCUGGUAAAAGUUGGGGAUAUUAUUAUAACUUUUGUUGAAGAACUUACUUAUGGUCAGCAAUGGAGGGAGAUAUGAUAUGAUAAUGUUUUGGUUGUGGAAGGGAAUGGCACCAUCAACUUGCUAUUGAGUAGUACCAAACAGAUUUUGGCCUAUUA